CCCGGAGCGCAGCGAGCGGGGGUGGGUUUGGGCAAGUGGUAACGGGGCUGAGGCGGCCGCUGCCUCGACUUUCCUCGCCGGGCACCGAAGAGGACCCUCAGAGCUGCUCGGGCCCCAGGCGCCGGAUGACUGGCAGGAGGAACGCGCCUCGCACCUGUGCUGGUGUGUGAGUGCAGGUGCUGUGGAUCCCUAGUGUGAUACAUGAUCGAGGAAACGCUCCCCCCCUUCCCUCCUUGGCACUUCCCCCACAUGACAGGAGGACGAACUUCUGGUUAGGAGACAACUACCUGGAGCCCACGCCUCUGCCCACCAUGAAGGGGACCUGUGUCAUUGCAUGGCUGUUCUCAAGCCUGGGGUGGUGGAGACUCGCCCAGCCAGAAACGGACGCAUCUCAGUGCCAGCGAGCGGAACACCCGGUCAUUUCCUAUAAAGAAAUUGGCCCCUGGUUACGGGAGUUCAGAGCGAAGAAUGCUGUGGAUUUCUCGCAGUUAACAUUUGACCCAGGACAGAAAGAACUUGUUGUAGGAGCAAGAAACUACCUCUUCAGGUUACAGCUUGAGGAUUUGUCUCUGAUCCAGGCUGUGGAGUGGGGCUGUGAUGAAGUCACCAAGAAGGCCUGUUACAGUAAGGGCAAAUCAAAGGAGGAAUGUCAGAACUACAUCCGGGUGCUUUUGGUGGGUGGCGACCGGUUAUUUACCUGUGGGACCAAUGCUUUCACGCCUGUCUGCACCAACCGCUCGUUGAGCAACCUGACCGAGAUCCAUGAUCAGAUCAGCGGCAUGGCCCGCUGUCCCUACAGUCCCCAGCACAAUUCCACGGCUCUUCUCACGGCCGGCGGGGAGCUCUACGCUGCAACGGCCAUGGACUUUCCCGGACGGGAUCCUGCCAUUUACCGAAGUCUGGGCAUCUUACCUCCUCUCCGCACGGCACAGUACAACUCCAAAUGGCUUAAUGAACCAAACUUCGUGUCAUCUUACGACAUCGGAAAUUUCACCUACUUCUUUUUCCGAGAAAACGCCGUGGAGCACGACUGUGGGAAAACCGUGUUCUCCAGAGCUGCCCGGGUCUGCAAGAAUGACAUCGGGGGGCGGUUCCUACUGGAGGACACCUGGACCACGUUCAUGAAGGCUCGCCUGAACUGCUCCCGGCCCGGGGAGGUCCCCUUUUACUACAACGAACUGCAGAGCACUUUCUUCCUGCCCGAGCUGGAUCUGAUCUAUGGCAUCUUUACCACCAACGUGAACAGCAUCGCUGCCUCGGCCGUGUGUGUCUUCAACCUGAGUGCCGUCUCCCAGGCCUUCAACGGGCCCUUCAAGUACCAGGAGAACUCACGCUCCGCCUGGCUGCCGUAUCCCAACCCCAACCCCAACUUCCAGUGUGGCACGGUGGACCAGGGCCUGUACAUGAACCUGACCGAAAGGAAUCUGCAGGAUGCUCAGAAGUUCAUCCUGAUGCACGAGGUGGUCCAGCCUGUGACCUCGGUGCCCUCUUUCAUGGAGGACAACAGCCGCUUUUCCCACGUGGCCGUCGACGUGGUGCAGGGCAGGGACAUGCUCGUCCACAUCAUCUAUCUGGCCACAGAUUAUGGCACCAUAAAGAAAGUGCGGGCGCCCCUGGCCCCGGCUGCCGGCAGCUGCCUGCUGGAGGAGAUCGAGCUCUUCCCCGAGCGGCGGGGGGAGCCCAUCAGGAGCCUGCAGCUCCUCCACAGCCGCAGCGCCCUGUUCGUGGGCCUGCAGGAGCACGUGGCCAAGAUCCCGCUGAAGAGGUGCCAGUUCCACCGAACCCGCAGUGCCUGCAUUGGGGCCCAGGACCCUUACUGUGGCUGGGACAUGGUGAUGAAGAAAUGCACGAGCCUGGAGGAGAGCCUAAGCAUGACACAAUGGGAGCAGAGCACCUCCACCUGUCCCACGAGGAAUCUCACCGUGGACGGGCACUUCGGCGCGUGGUCUCCGUGGACGCCCUGCACGCACACCGAUGGCAGCGCCGUGGGAUCCUGUCUGUGUCGCACCCGCUCCUGCGACAGCCCGGCCCCCCAGUGCGGAGGCUGGGAGUGCGAGGGCCCCCGCAUGGAGAUCGCCAACUGCUCCAGGAACGGAGGCUGGACCCCCUGGACCUCGUGGUCUCCCUGCAGCACCACCUGUGGGAUCGGCUUCCAGGUGCGCCAGCGAUCCUGCAGCAACCCCACCCCCCGGCACGGGGGCCGGGUGUGCGUGGGACAGAACCGCGAGGAGAGAUACUGCAAUGAGCAUUUGCUGUGCCCCCCACACAUGUUCUGGACAGGCUGGGGUCCUUGGGAACGGUGCACAGCCCAGUGCGGGGGCGGCAUUCAAGCUCGCCGCAGGACCUGCGAGAACGGACCUGACUGCGCGGGCUGCAAUGUGGAGUACCAGCCUUGCAAUAUCAACCCGUGCCCCGAGCUGAAGAAGACCACACCCUGGACGCCCUGGACGCCCGUCAACAUCUCGGACAACGGGGGCCACUAUGAGCAGCGAUUUCGCUACACGUGCAAAGCCCGCCUGCCUGACCCAAAUCUGCUGGAAGUGGGAAGACAGAGAAUCGAGAUGCGAUACUGUUCUAGUGACGGAACCAGCGGCUGCUCUACAGACGGCCUUUCUGGCGAUUUCCUGCGUGCCGGGAGAUACUCCGCCCACACCGUCAACGGGGCGUGGUCGGCCUGGACGUCGUGGUCACAGUGCAGCCGUGACUGCAGCAGGGGCAUCCGGAACCGGAAGCGGGUUUGCAACAACCCGGAGCCCAAGUAUGGGGGCUUGCCUUGCCUGGGCCCCUCCCUGGAAUACCAGGAAUGCAACAUUCUGCCCUGCCCAGUGGAUGGCGUGUGGUCUUGCUGGUCUCCCUGGUCAAAAUGCUCGGCGACCUGUGGCGGCGGACACUACAUGAGGACCCGCUCGUGCACAAACCCGGCCCCAGCCUACGGAGGAGACAUCUGCCUGGGGCUACAUACGGAGGAAGCUCUCUGCAACACGCAGCCCUGCCCCGAGAGCUGGUCGGAGUGGUCAGACUGGUCUGAGUGUGACGUGUCUGGAGUCCAGAUCCGUGCCCGCCAGUGCAUCCUUCUGUUCCCUGUGGGCAGCCAGUGUUCUGGAAACACCACGGAGAGCCGGCCGUGUGUGUUUGAUUCCAAUUUCAUCCCAGAAGUAUCUGUGGCGAGAUCCAGUAGUGUAGAAGAGAAAAGGUGUGGGGAGUUCAACGUGUUCCACAUGAUUGCCGUGGGGCUGAGCAGCUCCAUCUUGGGCUGCCUCCUUACCCUACUCGUCUACACCUACUGCCAGCGGUACCAGCAGCAGUCCCACGACGCCACCGUCAUCCACCCUGUUGCUCCCGCCCCUCUCAACACCAGCAUAACUAACCAUAUUAACAAACUGGACAAAUACGACUCAGUGGAAGCCAUCAAGGCAUUUAACAAAAACAACUUGAUCCUAGAGGAAAGAAACAAAUACUUCAACCCGCAUCUCACUGGGAAAACCUAUUCUAAUGCCUACUUUACAGAUCUCAACAAUUACGACGAGUACUAAUAGUUGUUAUAUUUUUGGCUUCUUGUAAUUCCCCAGUUCCUCAAGGCCUGUGCUCCAUGACUGCCCAUGUUUCCAAGACUUCAGAGUUGAAGUUUGGAUACAUUUCAAGUGCAUUUCAAGCCAUGAGUUUCCCAUUGCUACCAAAAACAGACAUCCUUAAAAGCAACACAGAUCUAAAUAUGAUGUCGUGAAAAUCUGGUCUCAAUGCUUGAUCAUUGUUGAGUGAGCCAUGGUGUGAGGCUUUGUUUUGUUUUGUUUUACUGUGUUCAGUCCAUUUUUUUUCUAACAAGUCACUUGUUUUCUUGAGCUUUUUACUAAAUGUACCACCCACAUGGGAAGGAGUCUUUAGAAAUAGGAAUGUCUUCCUGCUCUGGGGCAUAAAUCUUUAUGAUGUUUUAAUCCAACAAAAGAGACACUUCAGCUGAGAGUCCCCGUUCUCCACAAGGCGUGUUAGGUCUGUAAGUAUUUGAUGAAACGAAGAAUGCGAAUGUGGCCAUAGAGUUCUGCACCCUGGAUCCCCUGUCUUCCCAACCUGAAUAAUUCUGUGGAAUCCGUGGAAGCGACUUGCGUGUUUGGACUUGGAACGGUUCGUGCCUGGGGGAAGGGCAGGGAUUCACCCCGGCUUGUAUCUGCGGAGGUGAUGGUGUGAGGUAUGACACACGCUUUCCCCGGUCUUAAUGCAGUUACUGUGUUAUCCCUGGUGGAGGCGCACUCACAGACCAGAGCCACAGACACAAGGAAGGGUCCAGCGUUCCGUGCGAUGCUAUGAGGCUAGCCAUAGUCUCCCUCCUGGAUUUCACAGCAUUCCAGGGAGCUCCUUGCCAUGCGGUUGGUCUGGAAGCCCCACCCCUGUCCAGUCCAUAGUAGCAUCCUGAAGAGACGACCCGUAAAACCAGCACUUGCUCAACAUUUGGAUAGACGCCACACCUUCUGUGUCCCCGCAAAGAAAAAAUCUUAAACAUUCAUGACACCAAUGGGGGAAAGCAUUAAAAAUACUGGAAUGUAAUGGGAACCGACUUUUUUAUUUUUUAUUUUUUAUUUUUUCUAUCUUCCGUGUUAUGGAAAGGAUUGAAAGAACUGACCUUUAAUGAAAGGCAACUUUCUGAUUUCUAUCUCCCGAUAGAACUAGUGUAUGGCCAUCAUCCCCUUCCCAGAGCAUUACUGAUGUGUAAAGCUGGCUUUCUUCACCCCCGCGCUGUAAAUAGCAAAGUGCCCCCCAAGCUGUCAUUUGCCGCCUCCGGGUCAGGUGAGGAGGAGACGUCCGGUUCUGGUGCCUUUGGUUUCUGUCUCAGUGCUGCCUUCCUACCUGCCCCCUCCCGCUUCUCCCUGCAUGGAGGCAACAGCAUUUCAAGAUGUACCUUGAGAAAGCAGGGAUGUGAGGUUUUUAAUGAUCCCUGUGGUUCUGAGCAUUGAUCACUGCUAAGCAUUUCAGAGUGUUAUAAUACUAUUCAUAGAGGUCUCCAGAAAGGGAAAAAAAAAAAAAAAGCGGGAUAAAUUACUCAUAAGCAACUGAUAAAUAAUACAUGGCAGUUGACUGACUAGUCUUCGAAAGUAAGAACAAGAUUGAAACUGUUCAUCUGAUGCCUAAGUGGUCAGUAAAAUGUGUUCUUUUUGCUCAAUGAACCUUCCGGUUUCCGAAGACACAUAGCACGGGCGUUGAGGAGCACAGACUUAUUAGCACACAUGUUUUUAUCCUACCCCAUGUAAAGAAACAAUCUCAGAAAGUGUUGGGGGAAAAAAAAAUCCCAUGUUUACUAAUGAAUAUUGUUGCAUUGAAAAUACUCCCAUGUACCCAGGCUUCCAGAAGAUACUGUACUAAAAUUCAAUUUUAAAUGGCAGGUGGUCUCAGAGAGGCCUGGUAGAUUGCAAGUGAAUGGUGUUCUGGGUCUUUCUGGUGGGGAGUUCAUGUGGCCUCUCCUGCAUUGUUGUCUGCUGUUUGAGACGACUCUGUCUGGACGCACAGAGCCAAAGUCCAUACUCAGGAGGUGAAAUUCAGUCCGAUGGUUUCCUCUUUGUUCCAGAGCUAGAUUUUCAGCUGGUGUUAUCACUUUUCUAUGAGAAAAACGCCUUCACCAUGAAGCAUGUUAUAGUUGUUUUUUGAAUCCCUCCCCCGAGUGUUUUCUAAGCUUAAAAGGUCAUUUUAUUUCCCUAAGGAAAGAGGAUACUAAUUUCAAGAAAGCAUCAGUGGACCUGAUUGGAAAUGCUUUCUCAAUGCUGUCGAGGCUGGACUUCAGUCAGUGUCAUGCUGUGGCCCGUGACAGCAUCCACCUUCCACACCGAACUGUCAUGUUGGCGAUUGCCUACAUCCUGGAUUUAUCACUGCAAAGAAAGGCCCUCAUUUUUGUUCCCGGACACUCCCCUCAAAGACAGAUUAUUCUGGCUUCUCUUUCUCUCUGUCUCUCUCCUCUGUCUCUCUCGCAUUCUUAUUUCACAGAGUUUCAAUUGGUUUAGAAUAAUUUCAAAUAUAGUCGAAGUAUUGUCAUCA